AUGAAGCCAAAAACACGGUGGGUCCCGAAAAAGUCUUUCAAAGGUGGGUCCCACGAGAUACCCUCCAUUGCUGAGUGGUGCUUAAAAGCAGCUGCAAAGCAGCUCCAUUUUGGCAUCAGAACAAAAACCAAGAAAGUAGAAAAAAAAAGAGAGUUGAAGCUGAGAAGCUUUCUCUUACCACACAAUAUCUCUCUUUCUUUCCCUCCUCUGGCUCAACUAAGGAAGAAUAGCAUAAAAUAUUUCGCCUUUUGCUCUCAGCACUCUCCCGGUAUGGGUUUCAAACCUAAAGCCAUGAAGAAUGUGGCUAUGGCGGCAGCUUCUGCUCUGUUUCUCCUUGGGUUUCUCGUCUCUUCAGUUUCUGCGUCUGUCUCUUACGAUAGCAGAGCCAUUACCAUCAAUGGCAAAAGAAGAAUCCUCAUCUCUGGAUCUAUUCAUUACCCCAGAAGCACUCCUGAGAUGUGGCCAGAUCUGAUAAGGAAAGCAAAAGAAGGAGGAUUGGAUGUGAUUCAGACCUAUGUUUUCUGGAAUGGGCACGAGCCUUCUCCUGGAAAAUAUUAUUUCGAAGGCAACUAUGAUUUGGUUAAGUUUGUCAAGCUGGUCAAACAAUCUGGACUCUAUCUUCAUCUAAGGAUUGGUCCUUACGUCUGUGCAGAAUGGAACUUCGGUGGAUUCCCUGUUUGGCUUAAGUACAUUCCAGGGAUAAGCUUCAGAACAGAUAAUGGCCCUUUCAAGGCUCAAAUGCAAAGAUUCACAACAAAGAUUGUUAACAUGAUGAAAGCUGAGAGGCUGUUUGAAUCACAAGGCGGUCCUAUAAUCCUCUCUCAGAUUGAAAAUGAAUAUGGACCAAUGGAAUAUGAGCUCGGUGCACCGGGACGGUCUUACACCAACUGGGCAGCUAAGAUGGCUGUGGGGCUAGGCACUGGUGUCCCUUGGGUCAUGUGCAAACAAGACGAUGCUCCCGACCCCAUUAUCAAUGCUUGCAAUGGCUUCUACUGCGAUUACUUCUCUCCGAACAAGGCUUACAAACCCAAAAUGUGGACCGAAGCCUGGACUGGAUGGUUUACAAAGUUUGGAGGCCCAGUUCCAUAUCGCCCAGCUGAAGAUAUGGCCUUUUCCGUUGCAAGGUUUAUCCAAAAGGGUGGAUCUUUCAUCAAUUAUUAUAUGUAUCACGGUGGAACCAAUUUUGGUCGGACUGCUGGUGGUCCGUUUAUUGCAACCAGCUAUGAUUACGACGCUCCUCUUGACGAAUACGGACUUGAGAGGCAGCCUAAGUGGGGGCACUUGAAAGAUUUGCAUAGAGCGAUCAAGCUGUGUGAGCCUGCAUUAGUAUCAGGAGAGCCCACGAGAAUGCCCCUUGGAAAUUAUCAAGAGGCUCAUGUAUACAAGUCGAAAUCCGGAGCUUGUUCUGCUUUCUUAGCGAACUACAAUCCAAGAUCUUACGCCAAAGUUUCUUUUGGGAGCAACCACUACAAUCUGCCUCCGUGGUCUAUUAGUAUUCUCCCAGACUGCAAAAACACCGUUUACAACACAGCCAGGGUUGGUGCUCAAACUUCAAGGAUGAAAAUGGUUAGGGUUCCUGUUCAUGGAGGAUUAUCUUGGCAAGCAUACAAUGAAGACCCAUCAACUUACGUUGAUGAGUCAUUCACAAUGGUCGGUUUAGUGGAGCAGAUCAACACUACACGAGACACUUCGGAUUACCUGUGGUACAUGACUGAUGUUAAAGUUGACUCCAACGAAGGGUUUCUGAGGACUGGGGAUUUGCCGACUCUUACUGUUCUAUCAGCUGGACAUGCUAUGCAUGUGUUCAUCAAUGGCCAAUUAUCUGGAUCUGCCUAUGGUAGCUUAGACUCUCCGAAGCUAACGUUUCGAAGAGGUGUGAAUCUAAGAGCUGGUUUCAACAAAAUCGCGAUACUAAGCAUCGCUGUUGGUCUACCGAACGUGGGUCCACAUUUUGAGACAUGGAAUGCUGGAGUUCUGGGUCCAGUUUCAUUGAACGGUCUUAAUGGUGGACGGAGAGAUCUUUCAUGGCAGAAAUGGACUUAUAAGGUUGGUCUCAGAGGAGAGAGCCUAAGUCUUCAUUCACUCAGCGGUAGCACAUCGGUUGAGUGGGCAGAAGGUGCAUUUGUGGCACAAAAGCAGCCGCUUACUUGGUACAAGACGACGUUUUCUGCUCCAGCAGGCAAUUCGCCGUUGGCUGUAGAUAUGGGAAGCAUGGGAAAAGGUCAGAUAUGGAUUAAUGGGCAGAGCGUGGGACGUCACUGGCCUGCAUAUAAAGCAGUUGGUUCUUGCAGCGAGUGUUCUUAUACCGGAACAUUCGACGAGAACAAGUGCUUAAGAAACUGUGGAGAGGCUUCUCAGAGAUGGUACCAUGUGCCAAGGUCGUGGCUGAAACCAAGUGGCAAUCUAUUGGUUGUCUUUGAGGAAUGGGGAGGAGACCCCAACGGAAUCUCGUUGGUGAGAAGGGAAGUGGACAGUGUGUGUACAGAUAUCUAUGAAUGGCAAUCAACGCUGGUGAAUUACCAAUUGCAUGCUUCUGGCAAAGUUAAUAAGCCGCUGCAUCCCAAAGCGCAUUUGCAGUGUGGGCCUGGACAGAAGAUCACCACCGUGAAGUUUGCUAGCUUCGGGACACCUGAAGGGACUUGUGGCAGCUACCGCCAAGGAAGCUGUCACGCCCAUCACUCCUAUGAUGCUUUCAACAGACUUUGUGUUGGGCAGAACUGGUGUUCUGUAACUGUAGCACCGGAGAUGUUUGGUGGAGAUCCUUGUCCAAAUGUGAUGAAGAAACUCGCGGUGGAAGCGACAGAUACACAAAGCCAAAGCAGUAAAGAAAAAAUGGAUGAUGAGAAACAAAGACCGAGAUGCCUUGUGUCUCACCCAGCUCACGCACAACAUAACUUGUGCAUUCGACUCAACCCUGUGAUUCCGUUUGGCUGUUUUACCUGCGGCGGUAAACACACUGUGAGGUCGCAGGAUUAUAUCGAAUACCACUGCGAAACCUGCGACGUGGACUUCCACAAUGGUUGUCACAAGCGUCCGAGGAGGAUUACACAUCCUUAUCAUCUCCAACACCCUCUCACUCUCUUCUUCCGACACCCUGAAACCGGAUUCGUAUCCAACAUCAUCCCCGACUUCAACCCUUCCCUGGACACACCACCAUCUGCUCCAGAGUUUGUCGACAUAUUGUUCCCUCCAAAUCCGAUAUCAUAUUCGACAAGUGCACCUGUCUUCCAAGGUGAUUGGUUUUAUCGCUGUUUGAUUUGUGGCUUCUGCUUGGAUCUCCCUUGUGCGGAAACUGUCCCACCUCUUACUAUUGCGAACCCGAGAAGCCAUCACCACUCGCUCUUCUUCUUGCCUCGGCCGUUGUUAGUUCCUUGUGAUGCUUGUGGGUUGGUGCACGCGUUGGAACCAAGUUAUACUUGUUUCCAAUGUAAUUACAUGGUCCAUCAGAAAUGUAUGGACUUACCCCGAGUUAUCAAGAUCACGCGUCAUCCACACCGUCUCUCUCACGUUCCUUACCGUUCACCUCUGGUUUCGUCUUGCCGGAUUUGCUACAAAGAUGUUGACAUAGAGUACGGUCAAUAUUCUUGCAGUCACCAAGAUUGCUCCUAUGUAGCCCACUCUAAAUGUGCAACGCAUGUGAGUGUAUGGGAUGGGACAGAGCUCGAAUGGGAAGCAGAGGAUUCCGACGAAACUGAAGAAGAUGUUUCGCCUUUCAAGGAGCUAGGAGAUGGCUUUAUAGAGCAUUUUUGCCACCAACAUCCUUUGAAGCUGAUGAAGAAGCACGAUGGCGUUGGAGACACGGAAAUGCAAUGCGAAGCGUGCGUUUUCCCCAUCGUCUCUCUCGAAUUCUAUCAUUGCGAGGAAUGCGAUUACUCUCUCCACGAGACAUGCGCUUGUCUUCCUCGAAAACUGGACCACGCGUUGCACAACCACACUCUUACCCUAUUCACGUCUCCCAGACACAUUUCUUGUUUGGCUUGUUCCCGAGCAUCCACUGGUUUCCGCUACGGAUGCUCCAGAGAAGGCUGUGAGAAUUUUGUGCUAGAUGUUCGAUGCGUCUCAGUGCAAGAGUGUUUCAUCCACAAAAGUCAUAAACAUCCCGUUUUUAUCUGCACAUUCUACAGCAGCGAGGACAACAUCUCAUGUAACCAUCCUCUCACCCUUUGCUACGGAGAAAGCGACCAAGGUAAGGAUCAGGACACGUAUUGGUGCGAGGUGUGUGAGAAGCAAGUAGAUAAAAGAGGAUGGUUCUACACAUGUAACAACAAAUGCUGCGUCACCCUCCACCUUGGAUGCAUAUUUGGAUCCUCCUACUGUAUGAAACCUGGUUCUACAUUCCAGCAGAUUGGUGGAAAUGUGAAAGUUAUACGCAACAGUAGUAGCACUCGACUCUUGUGCUACGAAUGUAACCAACGUUGCACGGCUUCCAUCUACUACGAAGGCUACUGGUGGAACAUCAAGUGGGACUACAACAACUGCCUUCCCGAAGCGAUUGUCGUUUGCUCUUUGGAAUGUAACGAACCAGGCAUGAGACGACCGUUUUUCAGAUAUCGUGGUUACAAUCUCUAG